UCCUUUUCAUAAAAUGUUUUGCUUGAAAGGUGUGUCUCUGCUAUUUUUAAAAUAAAUGUUACUAUUUUUAUAUUUUAUCCAAUGUAAUGUUCUAAAUUUGACGCGAGUGUCCAAAUAAUAACUAUAACAAGUUAAUGGCGUUACAACAAAUGAGAACAAUACGCAUUGCCCUUUAAAACGUAUCGGGAAUCCAGACAUUCCAAGCAGCAAACAUGAUUCAUGAAACACCCACGUUAUCCGGUGAUCUGUCAUUCACAGAGACACACCUGAGCAUAUACUGGAAGCCGAGUGUCUUCUUAGCGAACGCAGUUGUACUGAACUUCUGGGACUUGUGGCCGGGUUGCAUAAACUGCAACUGUCCCCAGAAGCUCAAAUCAGAUAUUACAGGAGCUGAAGACUUUGAAUCAAAGAAUAAUAUGUCACUAAUCGUUUUCUGUCGUCUUUCAGAUAACCGGAACAGCAUGCUGCGUAACUGCGCACUCUCGCGCUCCCUGCUCGGCGUGACUCGACUUCUGGACGGAUGAUUCGGACUGUGAACCGAACCGAUCAGAACUAUGGUCCUCUUGGAUCCCUUAAAGCCUCAUAGAGACGACGUAGCGAAAGAUUGAAUCAAUGGGAUUUUGUUCUUAACCAGUUUCGGUUAAUCGUCUGUUGGAGAGCGAAACUGUUGCGCAAUGGAGUUGACUUGGUGGAGAUUUCAACUGCUCCUAUUGGCCAGCGCCUGUGUGUGUUCACUGGAGCGAGUCGAACACAAUCCAGAGAACAACAUCAUCUGUCCUCAGUCUCUUUCAAACUGCAGUUUGAGACAUACAGAACCUCUCGGAGCACAUGGUGUGGACUGUGGUCGUACGUAUGUGUGUCGUCUGGAAGUGACGCCGAAAUUGUGCUGUCACGGGAAUGAUUGUAAACCGUGCUUGUGGAGCAACAUCCUUUUGAGUAUUAAUCCAGAGGAAGAGGAGGACAGUGAUAUUGAGGGACCAGAAUAUGAAGAUGAGAACAGUGGAGAACGGGAUUUAAGGUGUGUUUCAAUGGCAAACAACACAUCAGAAGAUCAAAGGAAGGAACUCUGUGAAGACAUACAGCAAGUUGCUAUUACGAUAUGCUACAUAUCAGAAGUAAGGCAUCAAGAGCGCUGCAGGAGAUUAGACUUCACAAUGACUUCUGCUGCAAGUCAUGAACCUCUCAAUCUGAUUCUGGUGGAGUAUGAAGAUGUUGACUUUGGCAGAAAAAUGGUGAUCACAGUUAGAUCGUCCUCUCAGUUAUCUGUAGUUGACAUCCCUACAUUAAAACAAGUGUGUUCUUUACCACACCUCAAAGACAUAAAGCAGUGUAAAGGUCCGAGAAUCUCCAUUAAGAGACUGGAGGGUGUGGUUAAGAUUCUGGUAGCCAAUGAGGAUAAAGGAUCUUCUGAACCCCCAUCUCUGUGUAUGAAACGUGGAAGAGAAGGAAGAUGCUGGGUCAGUAAACCUUCACAUUACUUCUGUGCGAAUACGACACUGCCUGAAGACUCAUUGCGAUUACUAUGCAAACCAGUUUGUUCAUUUCAUCAGCUGCCUUGUUUUGGUUACUUAUCAUACCUUUUCUUCUCUCAGCCAUUGGCAAAUAACAGCAUUCCACUGGAGUCAAUCACGGACUGCAUGUGUUUCCAGGUUUGGACAGAAGAUUCACCUCGUUCAGAAUACUGUCCCUUUGAAAACAAUAAAACAGAAUUUAAUGCCAAUGUCCUGAGAAACAUGUCAGUGUCUGUGGCCCACAUCAAGACAAAUAAUGAUCAGCCGGCGAUGAGCUGGAAUUUAACGGUACCCUGCAGGAUAAGUGCUGAAUUGUGGCCGUGUCAGCUCGAGGCAGAUGGACAAUGCAGAGAAAUUAAAGGAUUCAGACAACAUGGGAAUGAUUGGGAAGAAAACAGUACAAUACUAUGGGCAUCCGGGAAAUUUGUGAAUAUCGCAUCUCGGGAUCACCAGCAGCUCUGUGUGAAGCUUAAAGUGGAUGGAAAGAUUGUGCUGUACUGUCAACAUCCCUUGGAACGACAGUACUGGAGCCUUCUUGUUCUUCUACCAGUCAUCCUUGUUUGUCUGACUAUUUUUGGAGUACUUCUUCUGGUGAACAAACUGAAAUCAUCUCGUAGCAAAUGGGACAGAUGUCAUUCUCAAGAUAUGAAGGGACAGGUGUUGUUGCUCCAUUCCUCAGCCACUGACCCACAGUUGGUGUGUAAGCUGGGCCUGUUGCUUUCUGAGCUGGGUUACAGAGUAUUUCUCGACCUGUGGAACCAAACAGAACUCGGUUCUCUCGGCCCGGCAGCGUGGCUCCACUCCAAGCUCGAUCACAUCCAGAAACAUGGAGGCAAAGCUCUUCUUUUGCUUUCUCCAUCAACACUACAGAGUGCAGAGUGCUACUGGAACAUUGCAGUGGAAAGACAAGGCAAUCUUGCCACAUACUCCUCAGAUACACUGGCUUCGGCCCUGACCUGCAUUUUCGCUGACCGCCAGAAGGGCGGUACUGCUCAGCGGUUCAUCCUCGUGCAGUUAGACUGUCAUGAACUUCUCAUUAAAGAGGAGCUGCCAGUGCUGCUCAGGGGCCUGCCGCGCUAUAAACUGCCCUCGCAGUCUCAGGGAUUACUUAUGGAGCUGUGUUUGGAGAGCCCAAAUAACGUGUGUGGAAAGUUGAAGAAGAUGUGGUGGAUAAAAAGGGCACGGAGGAAGCUGGCCAAAGGAGUGCAGAACAUUUCUAUUAGGACGAGGGUGAGGACUGAAACUAUGCUCACUCAAAGUGAUUCACUCAGCCUAGAUACGGAAGACACAGAGGAAAGAGUUUUUCUUGAAAUUGAACAGUACUAACAUGUCAUUUACUCUCUCAUCACAGCAGAACAUUGUUUAAAAUACACAAUCUGUCACUAUGGACUAUGGACAGACAAGUAACAGAUGGUACCAUGGUAAUACCACGUCCAUUAAAAUUACCACGUCCUGUGCAUAUAUGGAAAUACUAAAGAUCUUUAGACAUGUGCCAUAGGAGUACAAUCACACCAUGAAGUACCUUGGAGUACUAGGCUAUGUAAAUAUGAAAUGGCAUAGAUAUUAUAUUUGCAAUACCUGGCAAUAACCUCAGGGGAUGCUAAAGAAGGAAGUCUGCAUGUCCAAGUACAAAUGAGGAAAUUUCAAAGUACAGACACUACAGGAAGUAAAUGAAGAAAUUAAAUUGAUAAAUACACUGCAAACUCCAAGAGAUCACUGUAGGCCUACAUAUACUGUACAUAUAAAAAUAUAUAUGUAUAUAUGCGUAUAUUUUCAUAUUUGUAAAGAUAUUACUUCUAAUUUAUCCUUUUUAUCUCAGCUCUAACUUGGUGGUUGUAAAUAUGCCUAAUUCACUGGCUUUUGGCUAAUAUGCUACAUAAAUUUCAUAUGUAAACAUGACUCAUAUUUUUUUUUAAUUGAACUUUUGUAAUGUGCAUUUUAAAUGCUCUGGUUGUACUCAAUUAUACAGUUUAUUGACACUUUUAGUGUUCUGUCAUGGGCUGACAUGAGUGGAAUAGAAUAAAUGAAAAACUAUAGUCUUA